AUGUAUCCCUUUGUCAGGCAUACGGGGAUAGUUGUGUAUGGAAAUGAGUACUUUUUUGGAGGAGGAAUCCAACAUUUGCCUGCUGGCACCACCCCAUAUGGAGCACCACUGCGAACUGUAGAGGUGGUUGACUCACAUGUUCCUAAGGAUGUGUUCGAGAUGUACUUGGAUGAGAUCAGUCCACGUUACACUGCUGAAUCCUACAAUCUGCUUACUCACAACUGCAACAACUUCCUUCAGCAACGAGUGCCGAUGAUACAAAACCUGGAAACAACUCUAAGAGCUGGCGCUGUUCCUAACGCUCCCCAGUUUAGGCCUCAGACAGAACCUUUUGGAGCUUUUAGCAAGGAUGAAGGUCCAAAACUACCGAACAAACCCAGUGAAAAUCAAAUCAAGUCUGAGAAGGCGUCCAAGUCUGAGGAUGCCAAAACCUCAGUUCCAACUGAAAAAGCGUCACAGGUUUCUCAAGCUUCUUCUAAUUAA